AAAAUACCCCUCGCCAAGUGCGCACAUCAAAGGGGGUUACAGCGUUGCCACGAAUCCCGCCCCGGCUUUUAAGCGAAAGCCAGCCAUGGAGGAGGAGCGUGCAGUGUGUGCAAAAUGGGCUGCGGCAUCUGAGGGAAAGAGGAGAGAGACGCUGGUUCAAGUUUCAGUAAGGCGCACUGGCGGCAGACCUUGCGGCACACAUUGCGAUCACUUGAGAAGCGGAGCGACUAAUUUACGCGACGCGAGUGGAACUGAGAUGACAACCGGUCCGUCUCUUUGCGCCGACAACAUCAGGAGCAUCUCUGACCGAUGGGAAGCCACAAAAUGUAUUUCUUUCCAACAUUGAUAUAGUCGCACCGUGAGGUCAUUUGGCGUCAAUCUCAAUUAUUACAUUCAUUAGAAGGACAGGUUAAGAACUUGUGACAAAAGCCGUAUUUGUAUGCCAUCGAGAUUUUCAAUUGGUUCGCCUCAUACUGAUGAGUUGACUGAUUUUCAAGUGAAUUAAAAAAAAAAAAACAAAACAAAACAUUAUUUUAGAUCUACAAUGGAAACGGAGCAGAAAUGGACAGCCGCUGCGAAAAUGAGCACAAAGCUACAGAAGACCCCUUCCGAAAAGUUCAAGUGGGACAACUGGAGACAUUUUUCUUCCGUCACGAUUUGUAUUGCAUUAUCUCUGCUAAGUGUUGGAAUAUGCAUUGGAGUUUUUGUGUGGACAACGGCGUUGCAGUCAAGGAUAGCGAGUCUUGAGCAGCAACACCUCUCUGCCUGGAUGUUGUCCCUUGAGCAGGUGGAGCCCGUGAUUUUGAACAGAUUGGACCAAAUCCUGGACAAGAAAUUGGCAGCUCGAUUACCAAAGACGCGAGAAGUGAGGGAGGCUUCUUACAGCUGCUUGUGUCCGCCAGGACCUCCAGGUCCUCCUGGACGUGCAGGCUUCCCGGGUGACAAAGGAAGUAUGGGGAUUCCUGGAAGAAUGGGCUUUAAAGGACAAGCAGGGGCGAAGGGAGCUCCUGGAGAACCAGGUCUGUCAAUCAUUGGACCCAGAGGACCUCCUGGUCAGCCUGGAACAAGAGGAUUUCCAGGGUUUCCAGGUCCAAUUGGGCUGGAUGGCAAGCAUGGACAGAAUGGGCUCAAAGGUGACGUGGGUCAGCGUGGGCCAAAAGGACUCCCUGGAGAACCAGGACCUAAAGGAGAGAAGGGCGUCUGUGGAGACUACACACAUCGGAUGUUGCCUAUCACCGUGCGCAACAUGCCCUCAAUAAGCCCUCUAAUCCUAAAACGCCUCAAGCAGGGCGAGCCAGGCGCGCAGGGGCCCCCAGGACCACCAGGGCCUCCGGGUCUGCCAGGCAACCCAGGUCUGAAUGGUGCCAGCGGCUCACCGGGUAAGCCUGGUGAACCAGGAAAACCUGGAAAAGACCCAAGGCUCUUACAAGGACUGAAGGGAGAGCCAGGUUUACCAGGACAGAAGGGUGAUCGAGGUGAUGUUGGUCCAACAGGUCCCGAAGGCCCAAAGGGAGACGAAGGGAAGAGGGGUUUUGCAGCAGAAAAAGGGGAGAAGGGAGAACCAGGUCUCCCAGGCACCCCUGGGUCAAAGGGCCAGACCGGCACCCCUGGCAUCCCUGGCAAGAGGGGCUAUAGGGGAGAGAAGGGAGAGGCUAUUAUUUCCACACUUGGAAUUAAAGGAGAACCCGGAUCGCCAGGAGUGCCAGGCCUCAUGGGACCGAAGGGUGACAAGGGCGACAAGGGAAUCCAGGGAGAGGCAGGCCCUGAAGGCCCAGCUGGACCAAGAGGCCCUCCAGGUGCACCUGGCGAACCCGGAAAAGCUGAAAUCCACCAUAAUGAAAAUGAUAUUGGCAACAUACAUCUGAUGGGCCCGCCUGGAUUACCUGGACCUCCGGGGCCUCCAGGGUUCACUGGGGCAAAAGGUGAAGUUGGCCUCCCAGGUCCGCCAGGCCUUGAUGGAGACAAGGGAACAAAAGGCGAGACUGGUGAAGGGGGAAGGUCAGAGAUGCUCUAUGGUCCUCCAGGUCCCCCGGGGCCCUCAGGACCAGUUGGCCCAGCAGGAUCACAAGGACCUUCGGGGCCAAAGGGAGAGCCAGGCAUAGGCCUCAGGGGAGAAAAGGGAGCAACAGGUCAAAAAGGUGACAAGGGGGACAGAGGCCAUCUUGGACUGCCUGGGGCUCAUGGGUUAGACGGCAGACCCGGUCCAGUGGGUCUAAUAGGACCAGCAGGUGUAGCAGGGCCAGCAGGACCAAAGGGGGAGAGAGGUGAGAAUGGAGACGCUGGACAACCAGGACCAAUUGGUCCACAGGGCAUUCCUGGCUUUGUAGGACCACAAGGACUCAAAGGGAAUCGGGGAGAGAGGGGCAAGAAAGGCAACAGGGGGGCCAAAGGGGAUAAGGGAGACCAAGGAGCACCUGGAUUAGAUGCCCCAUGUCCGUUGGGAGAUGAUGGCCUACCUGUACCAGGCUGUUGGAACAAAGGUCAACACCCCUUCCAACUGGCUAAGAAGUAAGAACGCCAGCAAGUAUCCCAUAGGGGCAGAAGGGAGGAACCUGAAGGCCUUCAGAGAGAUCUUUUUGGAGCUUUGUACAACCUGGAGCUGCCGUGUCAACAUUUUACUGUGAGACUGGACACAGACACCCGAGUGACGUUUGAAGCGCCAGUAGCUGUCGCGAGCAAAAUGAUUUCGACCUGACACAUGUUUUAGAGGCCGUUGUUUGUUUGUUUUUAACCCUUUCGGGGACAGCGGUUACUACAGUGGACAGCUAAUCAUGUUAUCAGGUUGCAGGGUGCAUGAAAGGGUUAAAGGUUAUGGGGUAGCACAACUUUCAGUCACACAAAUAGAUAAAAAAAAAUGUAGCUGCUGAUGGAUAUCUUUAACUCUACGUGAUGGUCCUCUCACCAUCUCGUGAAAACAAGGCAUGAGCUACUGAGCACAUGCUCGUUAUGGUGUGCUGAACAGUUCACAGCAUAUACAUAGUAAGAUGCAUCAUAAGAACAGUGGAGAGCCUCAUGACGAUUCCUUUAGUGUUUUUCUGAUUCUCAUGCGAAAAAGCCCCUUUGAUGCAGCUAGAAGAUACAAUAUUCGGAAGAGUUGGUUCAACGGUAUACGUUUUGCAACCAGCUUCACAUCAUGGCUGGUCACAUAUGUGAUAAUGCUGAUUGUUUUCAAUUGAACUGUUGUCAUCAAGUAGUCGAGAAUUCAAAGUUGUAAUUGUACGUAUUGUAAAAUAUAAACAAAAUGAUUGCGUGUAUAUAAACAUAUUCAAGCGUUGUAUAUAGAUUGCAGAGUAUCCACAUCGAUAGUGCUGUAUGUGUGUUACUCCCAAUAAGUAGCCUGUGCAUCCAGCGUUGAGCAGAUACAGCAAGCGCUGCUUGUUAAUUUCCGACAUCAUAACACGUUUUGAGGGGAUUUGAGUGAAAGUGCCCACGCUUCCAUUGGUGUGCAUGCAGAUAAUCAAACAAAACGAUGUCAAAUCACCUCGUCAAUCUUUGUCGGUGAUUGACACACGCACAUUUUGUUUCUUUCGUGGAGAAAAGCAUUCCGUGUCACUAUUGACAGCUGCCUCCUAAAACAGGCCCAUGUUCUUUCAGUCUCUGUUGAGCAAUUCAUUUGCAUUCAUAUGAAGAUACACCACCCAAAAAUCGUCAAUGCGUGCAUUUGGAAAUAUAAACGUGCAUUUAGCGACCUGGUCAUUGCACCCACCUCAAGUGAAAAUGUUAAAUGGACAAAGUACACUUUUGCCGUUUUGACAGCUUCCCCUCUCAUGAGAAGAUUUGUCUGGGGCACAUUUGUAGCAUCGUUUAUUUUCCAGAUAUCCCGAUUAAGAUUUGGGAGGUCAGAGGUCGGUGGCCUUCGAUGAGGGGGCGGGGGUUGGUGUCUUGCUCGCACCCUCACUUCAUGUGUACCCCAAACAUAUUUCAUGAGAUCUAGAACAUGCUCCAUCCAUCCAUUUGAUUUUUAUUUUCCAUGGGUCUUGUCCAACCCCAUUUAAUGAGGACCGUCCAUAAAGUGAAGUUGUAAACUAUAUUUAUUAUUCAACUGUAUUUAGAAAAAAAAAAGCAAAGCUCUGAUUGAGUAUAUAUAUUUUUUGUAUAGCGUUGUGUUUGGUCUGUUUCAGAUCAUUUCAGUUUUUUUUUGUUCUAUUUGUCGUUCCUUGUUAUUUAAUAUCUAGUGGUUUUCUUUUUUUGUGUGUGUUUUACAAUACAGUAUAUAUACAGUUAGGUUCAGAUGAAGAUUUCUUUUUUCCUCAUUCCACCACCUCAGUGGAUUAAAAAAAAAUCACUAAUAUGUUAUUGGAAAGUGUAGAUUUUCAGAUAUAAUUCACAGUGUUUCAGGAAAAAAAAUGGCAUCCACUUACUACUUUGUAGGAAUGAAUUCCGGGAUUGCUGUGUUUACAAUUUGUCAAGAAUCAACAUACAGUACUUCUGAGGCCCUGAAAAUAGAUAGUUUGGAUGAAAUGAUAAAUGCCCUAUUUUUAUGGAACCCCUUGAAUCAAACUAAAAGUAUGCACAGUAUGAAUGCUUCUGGACCGACGGUAUUGAUUGGAGUCCUCUGUGGUACAGUUGACCUCAGAUCCAUGCAAAGAGUACCAAAAAAAAAAAAAAAGAUUGCACAAUACACCUUAACAUCUUACUUGGAAAGUGCCGCAAGACACUCUAAGUGUGGUCGGCAACUGAUAAACUUACCCUGCAUUAUUAAAAAUCCAUUGACAAAGGCACCACCAA